CGCCUGUCAAGAUGAUGCCCGUGUUCUUUGUUCCUUCUGCGUCAGAUUCGUUCGAUGACAACGACCCAGACUUCGAGUCCCUGGUCCCGAUCGCUUCGGGCGCCAGCCCCGCGGCGGCGGCGGCGGCCAUGCCAGUCGCCACCUCCUCGCCGCCUUCCUCGCCGCCCUCCUCCCCUCCUGCCCUGGCUCCUUCCUCACCCACGGGCGUGGCCGACGAGGCACCUGGCAAAAAGGUUCCCCUGACCCUGUUGACAGGGUUCCUGGGUGCCGGCAAGAGCACCACCGUGCGGCACCUGAUGUCGCUCUCUGGACAGCCGGGGGUCCCGCGCCUGGCCGUGGUGCUGAAUGACUUCGGUGAUGGAGCGGCCGCCGACCGUCCGGUGCCCGUUGAGCUGAGCGCUGGUGCCGACAACUCGAAUGAGAGCGCAGAUGGCGCACCCGAUGGCGAGGCUGUUCCGGACUGGGUGGAGCUACCGAACGGCUGUCUGUGCUGCUCGAUGCGCGAUGCGACGGUCACCGCGCUCGAGGCGCUGGCGAUCAAGGCCGCCGACCGGGUGGACCAUAUCCUGGUGGAGUGUGCCGGCCUGGCGGAUCCCGGCGUGGUGGCCAGCAUGCUGUGGCUGGAUGAGGGGCUGCACAGCCGCCUGCAGCUGGACGGCGUGGUGGCCGUCGUGGAUGCGGAGAAUCUUGAGCGCGCCCUGUCGGCUGAGGCUACCCGGACCACGGCCGAGCUGCAGAUCGCCUUCGCCGAUCGUGUGCUCAUCAACAAGGUGUCCGGGGUCUCUGGCGAGGCGCUGGCCACCAUUCAGACCCAGAUCCGAGCCAUCAACCCCACGGCCAAGUGCCUGUUCGCGGACUAUGGCCGCGUGGCCGCAAGCGACGUGCUCGCCAUUGGGGCCUAUUCGCCGGAUGAUAUGCCGGACCAGCUGGCGGCGCACUUGGCGCGGGGGGGCACUGACCAUGCGCCGGCUGCCGCCACGCACGCCACCCCAUGCGGUCAUACCGCUGCGGGCGCCACCGAGGGGGCUGCCUGCACUGAGGGUGUCUGCGGGGCCGGGGCCGUGCACCAGCCGGACCAGCCGCUGGACGACACGCACUUCCGGUCGGUGUCCUUCACCUUCCCGGCCGGGCGUCUGGUGGACUUGGUGCGCUUUGAGGCCAUCCUUCGGGUCUUGCUGUGGGAGAACCAGCUCCCUGGUGCGGAGGCUCUGGCACGCCUGUCGACAAGUGGCGCCAGUGCUGAUGGGACGGCCGCUCUGUCGGCCGCCCCGGCCUGGGAUCCCGAGCUUCUUCAGUCCUCGGACCGGGCCCUUCCCUCGCAGGUGGCCAGUCGGCCCGACAUCCCGUACCUUGGUGGUGGGGGUGGCCUCGAGGUGGAGGUCAUCCGGGGGAAGGGCGUCCUCCGGUCGUCGGAUACCCCAGGCCGGCGGACCGUCUUCCAGGCCGUGUACAGUUCGUACGAAGUGCGCGAUGGCGGGGCCUUCAAGCCUGACGCCGAGCCGACGUCCUCCGUCCUGUUGAUCGCACGCGGCCCCGGCGUGACCCGACUGGAGGAGGUGUUUCAUCACUGCCUGGUCUGAUCUGGAAUAUGUCCAGAAUGGCGUUCUCCCCUGGCCGUGCCGCGGAAUUCUGGUGUCUUUGUCAGCGACCGGCCGGGGACAGAGGUGGGGCGUCUGCGGGGGGGCGGGUGCACUCUGUGUGCACCUCUC